AUGUCAACCCUUCAGACCGCAAUCAACAAGAGCAAUCCCUCUGCGGAGGCAAUUAUCAUUCCCUCCAAGCCCAAAGCUCUCACCGUCAGCUACGCCAACCUCGAGUCCGACAUCUCAACCUUCCAGCGCAAGCUCGCCGACCUCGGCAUCACAACAGCCGCGCCCGUCUCCAUCGCGCUCGUAAACUCGUACGAGUUCAUCGUCUCAUUUCUCGCCGCCUCGUGGCAGCGCGGAAUCGCUGCUCCUCUCAACCCGGCCUACAAGCAGGAUGAGUUUGAGUUUUAUAUCGAGGAUGUCAAGAGCGCGAUCGUCCUCGUUCCCAGAGGCGCUUGGGCUGCUGGUGCGCCUAGUGUGAAGGCGGCUAAGAAGUUCAAUGCUGCUGUUGCUGAGUGCUAUUGGGAUGAGAGCAAGGGUGAGGUUGCGCUUGACGUUAAGGAUUAUGGACUUUUGAAGGGCAAGAAAGAGAAGGUUCUUACUGCUGAGCCUGAUGAUGUUGCUCUUAUUCUGCACACUAGUGGCACCACAUCGCGCCCCAAGGUGGUCCCUCUCACUCAUCGCAACCUGACCCGAACCAUGAACAACAUUAAGAACACAUACGAUCUCACACCCAAGGACCGAACCAUGCUGGUCAUGCCUCUGUUCCACGUCCACGGUCUUCUCUGCGGUCUCCUAGCUCCUCUAUUCACCGGAGGCUCCAUGGUCGUUCCCAACAAGUUCUCCGCCUCCGAGUUCUGGACCGACUUCAUCACCCACAAGGCCAACUGGUACACAGCCGUUCCCACGAUCCACCAGAUCCUUCUCAAGAACCCUCCUCCCAGCCCCAAGCCCGAGAUUCGCUUCAUCCGAUCAUGCUCCAGCCCUCUGUCGCCCACUGUCUUCAAGCAGCUUGAGGAGACUUACAACGCUCCCGUUCUCGAGGCGUAUGCCAUGACAGAGGCCGCUCACCAAAUGACCUCCAACCCUCUUCCUCCUGCCAAGAGAAAGGCUGGAACUGUCGGUAUUGGCCAGGGUGUCGAUGUCAGAAUCCUCAACGAGCAGGGCGAGGAGGUUCCCCAGGGUACUGAGGGUGAAAUCUGCAUCAUUGGCGAGAACGUCACCAAGGGCUACGUCAACAACCCCAAGGCCAACGCUGAAUCCUACCACAAGAACGGCUUCUUCCGAACCGGUGACCAGGGCAAGAAGGACGAGGAUGGCUACAUCAUUAUCACUGGCCGCAUCAAGGAGCUCAUCAACAAGGGCGGCGAGAAGAUCAGCCCCAUCGAGCUGGACAACGUUCUCACCCGCCACCCCCAAAUCAGCGAGGCCGUCAGCUUUGCUAUCCCUGAUGAGGUUUACGGACAGGAUAUCGGUGUUGCCGUUGUUCUCAAGAACGGCGAGAAGUUGACUGCUCAGGAGCUCAAGGCCUGGGUCGAGGAGCGCUCUGCCAAGUUCAAGGUGCCCAAGAAGGUUUACUUUACUGAAGUCAUGCCUAAGACUGCAACUGGUAAGAUCCAGAGAAGAAUCGUGGCCGAGACCAUGAUGUCUGCUCCCAAGGCCAAGCUGUAA